CUCGUGCGAUCGCUGCGAGGGGUCUGAAAAAACCGAGCGAGCGAAGCAGAGGUGUUUCCGUUAUCCUAUCUCUCUCUCUAACCCCCAAUCUCUCUCUACAAAUUUUCCUCUCUCUCUCUCUCUCUCCUUCUCCGUCCGUGCGCGAAGCGAACUAGGGUUUCCUGCCGAGGAUCGAUUCCAGCCGAGAGGAGCGGCCAUGGUUUCCGAUUCGAUCACCAAUGCCUCCGCCAAUUCGGCGCCGAACGCCAGGGAUUUCGCCAAGAAGAAGAGGGCCAACAGGUCGGCGAAGCUGAAGCAGUGCAAGCUCGACGCCCGUCGCGAGCAGUGGCUUUCUCAGGUCAAGAAUAAGGAGAGCAGGGAGGAUUGGAAAGGCGAGAAUGGGCAGCGGAGCGGGAGCGGCCAGUCGCUGGAGAAUCUAGGGAUGAGGAGGCGGAGAGAUGACGAGAACGGAUCUGUCCACCAGGACAGCGAUUCCGAGUCUCCGUCGAUCAGUCCGAUCGGCCUCACCGGUGUGUUGAGCGGCAAUAAUUCGAGCGGCAAUUGUACCGGUAGCAGCAGCAGCUGUAGCAGCGGUAGCAGCAUCGGGUGCUUCUCCGGGAGUACUACUGAAGAAGAGGAGGGAGGGGAUGAUGGGUGCUUGGACGAUUGGGAAGCCGUGGCUGAUGCCUUAGCUGCCGAUGAAAAGCCCCAGAAUCCGCCUUUUGAUCCUCCUCCGGAGGGCGAAACGGUUGGCGGAUUGCAGUCUCGAGGAGUGCGCGAGAAGGAGUCGGCGGCUCCAGAUAAUUCUCCAGAUAAUUCGCGGCCUGAGUGCGUUAGAAGGCCUCCGAGAACUGCCACUGCGAACAACCGAGCGUGGAGGCCUGACGAUGCUUUUCGCCCCCAGAGUCUGCCCAAUUUGUCUAAGCAGUACAGUUUCCCCGACACAAACCGGCAUUACGGAAGUGGAGCCAUCCCUUGGGGGUGUAACAAGGCUAUAUCCGUGCCCUCGUCAUGCCCCAUAUGCUUUGAGGAUUUGGACAAGACAGACUCUAGCUUCUUGCCGUGCCUGUGUGGGUUCAGGCUCUGCCUUUUCUGCCACAAGAGGAUCCUCGAGGAAGACGGACGCUGCCCUGGUUGCAGAAAACCAUAUGAACAUGAGUGCAUCAAGGCAGAGCCAAGUUUGCUUGAAGGGAGUCAGGCGUUCCGGCUGACUCGCUCUUACAGCAUGAUAACCAGGACAUAGGUUGUCUACGUUGCAAAGAGUUCUGUAUGUCUGGUCUCUCUCUUUUUGACGUGUGUGGAGGGUCUUACUCGUUUUGAUGGAGUUAUAUGUGAUCAUAGGACAAUGUUUUACAGCACCUGAUUUGAACUGUUUCUCUGAUGAAUCUGGUUCUGAACAGUGUGGAAUCUUAGCCAAUGUAGAGAACUCCUGUUGCUAUGUGAAUAGAUAAAUGGUAUAGAAAUUUACUAUUGAGAAAGAAUAAGAUCACGAGUUAUCCUUGUUAA